CAAAUUAUGUCACCUAUGGUGCUGAUGCCUGUGGAUGUUACUCUGAUGUCUGCGUUUAUACAGCACGUCAAAAAAUAAAUACUAGAGGGUCCGAGUUUCUCUGUUCAUAAUUCAUGUUGAUUUUGUGGACGUUUCAAACCCAAUCAAAUUAAAUCUGCAAAAAGCUUGUGUGUGGGUGGGUGGUACCCAGAAUCUCUCCCUCAUGUGUUAUUCUGCAUAAUGAGCAUGGUAGAGUCCUCAGGCUUGGUUCCCCCAACCACUGCCCCCCUGACAGACUGCUGCAUUAUUUAUGAAGUGGGAUGUUCACUUUAAUGUGUGUCCAUAAGUACAUUUCCACUCGCACUGGCAGCAAAGUAUCUGCUGCUGCUGCCUGCAUGCCACGUCCGUUACAGUAUUUCCCUGCUAUUUAUCGGCGCGCGGGCAGAGGAGCCACACAGAUGCAGAGAUAGAGCAGAGGGAGAGAAGGAGGGAAGCACACGUUUGCUGCAAAUCCUCAGCCUUGAUUCCACUACAGCAGAGUGUUAUGUGUGCAGCCACACCAUGCUGAGGAGGGGCUCGGAGCUGGUGAAGGGUGACAGAGAGGUCCUCCUGGAUCUGGACUACGUGGGGGAAGCACCAACCACCGACAGCUACGGGAGUCUGCAGAACGGGGGCUUCAUUCCACCAAGAUAUUUUUCAGCCACAGCUGCUGCUGAUGAUGUGGACAAUGACAAUCCCAUUCAUCUCAACUGGAAUACAAAAAUUAAUGAGCCAGUGCCACAGCCGGGGAAUUACUUCAGAGAUGGAAGAACUAAAAUUGACUUUGUCCUGGUGUGGGAGGUUCGCUCACGCAGGAAGCGGCGAGGGAAGGGGAAGAGCGAGGUGCCCACUGAGGAAGAGGAGGUCGUGCCCAUUGAGGAGAACAGCAGGUCUGAGCGAAGGAAGGCACAGUUAGCACAGUGGAGGGAGAAGUUUGUUCAGAAUCUGGAGAGUGCUGGGUUGCUCAUGGAAAAGGAGGAAACAGCCAGUGAGAAGAGAACAAUACAUUUUCUAAAACUUAGUGCUCCAUGGGAUGUGAUGGUGGGUUGUGCUGAAGAACUCUGUCUCAGAGCUCCAUUGCAGGCACAGCCACAUCUGGACUUGAACACAUCUGCUCAGGUACUGAGUAGACUAUGCAUACCAAAUGUAAUGAGAGAGUCGGUGCCAAACAGGCCACUGGACUAUUACACAUGUGCCUUUCGCAAGUCGAAGAUGAGCAGAUUCCUUGGCUGUGAUGACCACGAGAACUACUUCACUAAUACACAGAGACACCGCGUUGUGUAUGAGAUUUUAUCCAGGACGGUUUACGGCAAAAAGAAGAGGGCUGAAGUUGGUGUGGACAGACUGAUAAAUGAAGGGGCUUAUACUGCAGCGUUCCCUCUGCACGAGGGCCCUUUUGAGCUUCCAAGGGAUGAGAUCAGUCCUGACAAACUUAAUCAGAGGCAGGUUCUUUAUCACUACUGGGCCCGCUGGUGCAAGUGGUACAAGUACCAGCCACUGGAUCACAUCAGGGAGUACUUUGGAGAGAAGAUUGCACUCUACUUUGCCUGGCUGGGCUUCUACACAGCCUGGCUGCUGCCGGCCGCAGUGGUUGGAACCCUGGUCUUUGUUUCUGGAGUCAUGUCCAUGGGCACCAACACACCAGCUCAGGAGAUCUGUACCAGCGGAGCCAGUUAUUUGAUGUGUCCUCUCUGUAACACAUGCAAGGCCUGGAACAUGUCUGAGAUCUGCACUAUGGCCAAGCUGGGCUACUUAUUUGACCACCCAGGUACAGUCCUGUUCAGUGUCUUCAUGUCCUUCUGGGCUGUAACCUUUCUGGAGUACUGGAAAAGAAAGGUGUCCACCCUGGCCCAUCACUGGGACUGCAUGGACUUCCAUGAAGAAGAGGAACGUCCUCGGCCAGAGUUUGCAGCAAUGGCUCCAACUAUGGAGGAAAAUCCGGUGACUGGGGUUAAAGAGCCCUACUUUCCAGAAAAGACCAGACUGUCCCGCAUGUUCACUGGCUCCAUGGUCAUCAUCAUGAUGCUGUCUGUGGUGAUGAUCUUCCUGGUGACGGUGGUCAUGUGCCGCGGUAUCAUCAGCGUGAUGAUGUUUCAUACUGGCAGCCCUGUCCUGCGUACAGAGGCAGGCACCAUAGCCAACAUCUCCAGCAGCAUUGUGAAUCUGGGCCUCAUUCUGUUGAUGGGACGGGUUUACACUGCUUUAGCUGAGCAGCUCACUAAAUGGGAGAUGCACAGAACUCAAACCCAGUAUGACAACGCCUUCAUCUUCAAGGUGUUCAUCUUCCAGUUUGUCAACUUCUACUCUUCUCCGUUCUAUGUGGCUUUCUUUAAAGGAAGGUUUGUGGGUUAUCCCACCAACUAUGGGACCUUGUUUGGAAUGAGAAAUGAAGAUUGUGGUCCUGGGGGGUGUCUCAUUGAAUUGGCUGAACAGCUUUUCAUUAUUAUGGUGGGAAAGCAGCUCAUCAACAACAUCCAGGAGUUCAUUAUCCCUAAAAUUAAGGCCUGGCGCCAGAAAAGAACUUUGGCUAAGGUGCUGGGAAGUAAGAAAUCCCGUGAGCCUCAGCGCUGGGAGGAAGACUACCAGCUGGUGGAGUGUGAAGGCCUCUUUGAAGAGUAUCUAGAAAUGGUGCUCCAGUUUGGGUUCAUCACCAUCUUCGUGGCUGCUUUCCCGCUCGCUCCACUCUUCGCCCUCCUCAACAACUGGGUGGAAAUCCGUCUGGAUUCGCACAAGUUUGUGUGCGAGUAUCGGAGGCCCGUGGCUGAGCGAGCACAGAACAUCGGAGUGUGGUUCAACAUACUGGAGGCUCUGUCACACUUGUCUGUCAUUGCCAAUGCCUUUCUAAUUGCCUUCACGUCCGAGUUUUUACCUCGCUUACUCUACCAGUACAAGUUUGACAGUGAUCUCAAUGGAUACGUCAAUUUCUCCUUGUCUUAUGCCCCACUCAACUACACUAAGUACUCAAUGUGCAGAUAUAAAGCAUACAGAGACAACAAUGGAAACUACACGCUGUUCUACUGGGAGCUGCUGGCUGUCAGACUUGGUUUUAUCAUUGCUUUUGAGCACAUGGUUUUCUUUGUGCUGCGAGCCAUCGACUGGAUCGUACCUGAUGUCCCCGAGUCCCUCGAGCUGAAGAUGAAGAGGGAGCGCUACCUUGCCAAGCAAGCUCUGGCUGAGAACCAGGAGGCACUGUUGGUGAGUGGAAAACGAAGGGCUGCCGCUGCCUCUGCAGGCACAUCUAGCCCAGUGGUGAACACACACAUGCCGGGCACAGCGACCUAACAGUUACGAGCCCGAUUCCUUUCCUCUUGGCCAUGGGCUGCCCAGAUAUUAACGAAGAUAUUAAUAAGGUAUGAUAAACUAAGAAUAAAUAAGAAAAAAAAACAAUAAAAUAUUUACCUUUGUGUCAAAUAUAUACGAACUGAAUAAAAAGUACCAGUAUACAGUGUAUAAACAGUAUUAGAUAAAGUAACUGCACGUAAACAAGUGAACUGUGUUUAACCUAAUAUGUACUUGUAUGUAAAUAAAAUGAGGUUUUUUGCAAUGAGACAUAAUUGACAGUUAAAGUGAAAUGUGCAACUACAUUGGUACCGAAGGUAAAUGCAAAUGCAGCACAAUUAUAAACAAAAGUACAGUGGACAUGUAUGUUGCACAGGGAUAUUUGUGCUGAGUGGUUCGGGCACAGCAGUUAAUUACAGUCAUUGUCUAUUGACUCAGAGCGUCUGACACAGCGAGGGUGGGGUUCCCCACGGGCAGGAAUGACUUCCUGUGACGCUCUGUGGUGCAUCUCAGUGGGAUCAGUCUGUGACUGACAUUACGUCUGUGUUUGACCAGGACAUUAUGGAAAAGACGGGAGAUGCUGUAUUCUGAUGUACACGUUUGAAAUAUCUCCUGUCACCAAAAAUGCAACGGCAAACAGAUAUUGUCCAUGCUGCUCAAAGCAUGGUUUGAAAAACUCGACUACACAGUUCCUUUGUUACACAGGAUAAUCCACUCACUCACUCACUCUUAUUUACAGUUUCUACUCAUUUCGGUAUCAGAAUAAUUCGGCACCCAGUAAAGUGUGUUUCUCACACAGGUGAUCAAUAAACCGCUGCAACAGCAGAGUUCACAGGUCACACGCUGCGUUAAAGCAUUCAGCGUCUCUGUUGAUUCUCAUAAAUAAAUUCCACAUUUUAAAAGGUGUUUAAAAGCUCACCCACCUAUCAACACCCCCACAGAGCAUUUGCAAAGCACCUGCGGCUCAGCCAGCUGCCAUAAACCUGCUGCACUGCUCAUAACACGAUCAUUAAAUAUUCUAUGUGUGGGAUCUGAGCCAAAUAUAUCGUCAUUUUAAUUUGAUUCUAGCCAUCGACUGAUGGCUGAUGUCCGGUGUUAUUUCCUCUGUAAAUAAAAUUGUUAAUGGGGAACAGAAAAUAUUUCCUUGGGGGGGGAAAGAAAGCAGGAUGUAAACAGGAAGUAAACAGUAGAGGUUUAAAUACAGCCUCCGUCAAAUCUCAGAGGUUUACUCACUGUUAUAGUAACAAUAUUACAGGAGACAACUGUGCAUCUCAUCGCUCUCUGUCUGUGUGUGUGUGUCCCUGUGCGCUGACUCAUGCUGUUGUCAUGUGUCUCAUGUAGUCAGUGUUGCUGGUGGAGGAAAGGUGAGUAUGAACAACUGCACACAUGGAAGUGAGUGGAAUUGGAGGUCAUUAUAUCGUCUUUAAGGUCAAGUCUGUAACAUUUAGGAGGAUUUAUUGGUUAAAUUAAAUUUAACACUUAGCUUAAAAUUCAAUUAAUUUGUUUUUCUUUAGUCUUACAAAGCCCACCAUAGUGGUUUGCAGUGUUUUUUUUGUUUGCCGAUUCUGACCAUGGGCAGGCCUUAGGAAGCUGCAUGCCGAUUGGCGACUGAGUUUUGGAGCGGCAGCUCAAUGGACCCGCGCUUGGAGUCGCUGUCCAUCUGGAACUCUUUCCCCAAGUUUUCCACACUGACGGACAGCGACUCCAAGCCUGUGACUACUUCCGGUCCAUUGAGCCAAAGAACGAGUGUAUUAUCAAACAAUAAA